CACCGUCGACAGCCUCAUACAUCUGGCACGGGGGCAGCGAGCAAGCAAGCAUCCAGAGUAUAGAUCCGGACGUACUUUUUUCGGGAUCGUACGCUUCAGGAUCUUUCUCCCCUGGGGUUUCCCCAGGCGACGCUGCCGCAAAACGCGCGAGGUACAUACAGCGCCAAUCUGCGUCGCUCUCAUCGUUAAGGGCUCAAAUGUCUUGGACCGCCGCCAUUUCUAACUUUCUUCACGGUGCCGAUCCAUCCAGCCGUAGCGAUAGCCCUUCAUCUCGUACAGAAAGAGUUUCCUCGUUGACAGGCGGAGUCGACGGACAGCAGCGACCCGUGACGGAAAAUAGGAACGGUGGCCGCACGGUCCCCUCCAUCGCCGCCACAGUAGCACCCAUUGCAGCCGCAAGUGUGACGGACGCAUCCGUCUCCGACACACAAUCUAGCGCAAGGAAGGAGAAAUCAGACGUGGAUACGUCUGGAAUCGCACGGGAACGAGUCCGUGGUCGUGGCCGUGGCCGUGGAGCUCCAAGGGUUACCAGUGCUAGAAGAACAGAGGCGCGCGCACACAUCGCACCGCACAAAACAACCAAAAGUUGGGGAUCUGCAACGCCAGGCCCCACGGACCCUCAGCAUCUAUGCAUACAAGGCACCACCAUGGACUCCAGAAUUCAUGAGCUUUCCACCUCUAUGCUUACAGGCCCAGGACAAGCUGCUCAGGAACAAGGAGCUGUGGGGCCGUCUGCGCACGGUGGUGCAAGCAACGGGAAGCCUCAUAUGGCCGGCAGUGAUCACCCUGGCGCACGAGUGACUGACCAAGGAAUGAGGUACAUGGAUACUUCUUUUGGCCCCGUGCCUCCCUCCCAGCCUGUUGGGAACAAUGCAUCAACGGUGGUAGCCUGCAUAUCCACGUCAGCGGCUCCACGGUCAAAGCAAACACAUUUGCACACGGAAGUGCAUCACUUGCAGCCGGGAGCAGAACACUUGCAGAACGCCCAAGGCCCAUCCACCGUUCCAGCUGCAACGGCCGCAUUGAUCCCACCGUCAUCGGAGAACGCAAUCCAAGCAGCAGCCACACUGUCACAGUCCUCGUGGUCGUCAUCUGCAGCUCCUGCACCCACUGCAGGCGCGGCGCAUUCGCAAACGCAGGCGCAGCUGCAGCAGCCGAGCCAUGAGGUGCCGUCCACCGUGCCGAUGCCGGGCAAGCGAACGAUAGGUAGCAAGGUCGCCGAGCGGCGGAUCUUGCCGGCGCGUUUACGGCGCGUGUCGAAUCUACUCGGCGGACCCAGCAGUCUGACUGAGGAUGAAUUUCGACCUGAACAUUUCAAAGACCAUCAGCAGCGUCUUGCCUAUGAAGAUCAUCUUUUGCCAGGUUCUACAUCUCUGAUCAUUACGAAUGAUCCCUCCAUUAUCUUGAAAGCCGAGGUGCACCGCGAUUAUUAUUUCAGAGACGCAAUGAGCCGCUUCACCGAUCCAGAAGUCGCUAGGGCUUGCCGCGCCGCGGCGAUCAUCGAGACGCCAGACUUCAAGCCAUGGGACGAAGUUAGUAUGGGCGGUCGGACGAGGAUCCAGGCUGCUGAGGAAGAUACGAGCGACGAAGCAUACGAGCGACGCCAUCGAAAACCGGACAAUGCGGAAAAGCGCGUGCGGAAGUCAGAGAUCGACCGAGUACGCAUCGAGCGAGAUAGACUGCAGCUGCGCCUCGAUCAAUUACGGGCGAUCGAGGCGGAAAAAUUAUUGCCAAUUUUGGCUAGUCGAUCUACUCCUGCUCCUGCUGCUACCGCUGUUGCCCCUGCCGCCUCUACAUCCGACCAUUCCUCGACGUCUGCUAGGACUGGAGGCUCCUCGGAGAGUGCGCAAUUGGAAGAGCUGCGCAAGGAUUUGAUACAGGAGGCUAAGCAGAUGCUGCAACGUCUCGACUCGCUGCUUGCUCUUCCGCCUCCAUUUCCAGACAGGCCCAAAGCUUCCGAAAAGCGGAAGGUGUCCGGCGUCUUCGGCAACUUUACUGUAGCCGCUACUGGUGCUGGUGCCCAAGACCCACUGUCUGACGUCGGACCUCCUGCUGGCUCGCGCCAGACCGGAAGGAAGUCUACCGGACGUGGAGGUCGUGCGAGCACUGUCACCACUAGCCGGGGCGGUAGAGUGGUGGGCAGGAAGAGCCUGCCCGCGACCAUGCCGUCGCAUCACUCUGGCAAACCCUCCGAAAAUGCCAAAAAGGGUAAAUCGGCGGUGGGGACGGCAGUAGCGGGAGGUAUGCGUCCGGAAGCGACGCGCGCAGAGAAAGUGCGCCGCGCCAUGACCAUAUCUGCAGGGCGCCGAUCGCACAAUAGUGGACGCAAUGGCAGCUCUACGAACGUAUCAAAGGAACGUGUGCAUAUAGCAGGUCGCGAGGCGGUCGGCUCGCUUCUAAACAACCAGGGCAGAGUUGAGCAGGUGUUCUUAGAGGAUGGAAAGCCUAAUAUUCACGCGCGUACUUCCGGCGGCCGCUUUGCGCCCAAGCCGAGGAACCCGGACGGCACAAUCAAACGCGACGCACCGGCUGCUGGGACGCCUGCUCCCAGCAAGCCCAAGCCUGCUCCUAAACCGAAAGCUAGGUCGUCGCGUGUUAACCCCCGCAGAGCGGCCGCCAUCACGUCACCGGGAACAUCCACUCCCGCACUCGUCAGCGCCGCAGGCAACGCUGCUGCACAUCCCGCGAGCGCUCUGACUGCCGGUGGCACUUCAGCCACCCAGCACGGAACGACGACAUCUACCGCAGGGUUGAAGCGCAAGCGCGCGGUCAGCGCCAGCACCAGCGUUAGCGCUCGGACAGCCGCGAAGGUCGCAAAGGAGGAGCGGGAUGUCAGACAAUCGUCUGCAGAAACUACCGCCUCUGGCUCGAUCGUGACGAGGGAGCGCUUUAACAUCAUCGGCCGUACCUCUGGCGGCCGCUUCGCAUCCAAGAAGGAACUUAAAGUGCCAGGAGAGGGAAUGCAGCGCAGCCCACGUCGCACGAGCAACGUCCGGGCUCUUGAAGAAUCACCAGGUGCGAACAAAGUGGGACCCAGCCUGGCCGAGAUCGCCGCAUCGACCAAGGCGCCAAACAAACGCGUUCGACUUACUUUCAACAAUGCUGGCAGCGAGUCUGGCUCGCCUGCACCUUCUGAUCGCUCCAGCACGCAGCAGCCAGCCAAGAAGAUGAAGACACCUGGUCUCGUUCCGGCUUACAAGCCGGCGGCGCUGAGCGAGGAAGAAGCGCAGAAAAUGUUGGAGGCAGCACUAGCGGGCGACGAUGAUGACGACCUCGCGAUCCUGUUCGGGUCCGGUGCGACGGGUUCAAGCUCGGCAACGAUGGCGGAUGCGAGCGCUGCGCCAGAGCCGCAGGUUGCACCUUUGUCUGGGUCCGCUACCGAGGUUGCAGCUGCGGCAUCAGAUGCAAAAGCUGAGCUGUCCGACUGUGCCACGAUUCAGUCGGAGGGCUCGGCUUAUGCACAACCGACCGAGCAGGAUGCGAGCAGCAUCGACACCAAGCCUGCUCUUGGCACGAGCCCGGAAAACGGAGUCUGCGCAUCCGCCUUGCGUAUAAGCGCUGAUCCGCCUCAAGACGGCGAAGCAGGCCUGGUGGUCGCAAGCAGCACAAGCACCGACGCGGCAUCAUCGGUACCAACUUCAUCUGCUCCUGCAGCCGCAACCGCAGCUGCAUUCGUGCUCGAUCGCAACCAGCCACUGCGCCGGGGCUCGACGCGCAUGCGCUCCAUCACUGCAUUCGGAGAGAAGCUCCCGGAGCCACUGACAAAGGAGGCGGACUUUGCGAUACUCCUCGAGCCGGUCAUGCAGGACAAUGAGUGGUCUCAACUUGGCGUGCAGACCGAGCGCCUCCCUUAUGCGCCGUCACAGCCGGAGGACGGUCAGGCGCCAGAGGCUGACCUGCGCACGCAGCAGGACGACGGUAAGGGAGGAGCGCCAUUGGCGCAAGCACCUCUUGAGCAGAAACUCGAGAUGGCGACCGUAUCGGCUAAGGACUUCACGCCGGACGCGGGCCCGCACCUUGCCUGACCCCCGGGUGCCGCUGCAGGGCAAUAGAUGCGCAACUGUAGGGGGAACAGGGCUGCAAGAAUGUGUUUGCUGUUUAUUUCCCGUGUCAGGCGUAUCUACAUGCCCAGCAUUCGUCGCUCUGAUCUCGAGGGCAUUUAGAAGCCGUCCACCUUGAUUCCCUUCGUGCGACUUCAACCGCUGCUGGCACGCGAGCUUGUUUGUCUGCUGCACAAGCGAUACAUGCAACGUGGCUCUUGUUUUGUAUAUGGACGCAGCUUCCAGC